AAGUGCACAAGAAGACAUCAAUAAAUCUUUGUUGUAUUUCCUGGCUGCACAAUUAACGUUUUGUAAAGUUUGUUUUUCAGUUUCUUUUCUUUAAUUUGCAUGGUACAGAGUAAUAUCGGUAUUUUUUUUUAAACUUAAUUAUGAGAUACGGUCAGCUUGUGAUUGGCCCAGCAGGCUGUGGUAAAUCUACUUACUGUUCAACAAUUGCAAAAUACUGUGAAGAUGCUCGCCGAGUAGUAAAAGUUGUUAAUCUUGAUCCAGCCGCAGAAGCUUUUGAUUAUCAGCCAGUUUGUGAUAUCCGUGACUUAAUACAUCUAGAUGAUGCUAUGGAAGAUGAAGAUUUGCAUUAUGGCCCAAAUGGUGGCUUGGUUUUUUGUCUCGAGUAAGUGGGUG